AUGGGUGAACUCGACAUAGAGAAGAAGGCGAGCGUGAAUCCCGCGUCUUCCAGGGAAAACAUGUCUGGAUCCGAGGAUGCAGACGCCCUCAAGUUGUCUGAGAUGGGCUAUACACAGGACUUGAAGCGCAAUUUCUCUUUGCUCUCGCUGGUUGGAAUCGCCUUCUGCAUGUCAAACUCCUGGUUCGGAAUUUCAGCUUCCCUCAUCACGGGUAUCAGCUCAGGUGGUACCGUCCUGAUCAUCUACGGCCUGCUUUGGAUCACCUUUAUUUCGUGCUGCGUUGCCUCCUCGCUCUCGGAACUGGCUAGCUCCAUGCCCAACGCUGGCGGACAGUAUUUCUGGGCUAACGAACUUGCACCCAAGAAGUAUGCUCGCUUUUCGUCUUAUUUGACUGGCUGGUUCGGAUACGCUGGUGCUAUUUUCGCCAGUGCUAGUGUGUCGCUCAGUCUCGGAUCUGCCGGCGUGGGAAUGUGGCAGCUUGGCCAUCCAUCAUUUGUUCCCAAAGCCUGGCAUACCGUUGUAGCGUACGAGAUCAUCAACUUCUUCUGUUACCUUUUCAACUGCUGGGGUAAAUUUUUGCCUGCUGUCGCAAAGGCCACGCUCUAUAUUUCGUUGCUCUCUUUCCUGGUUAUUCUGAUCGCCGUCCCGGCCUGCGCCAACCCGCAUGCCAGUGGGUCAUUCGUCUUCACCCACUUCGUCAACUCCACUGGUUGGAAAUCCGACGGUAUUGCAUUCAUUGUUGGUCUGAUCAACCCGAAUUGGAUCUUUGCUUGCUUGGAUUCUGCGACUCAUCUGGCUGAAGAGGUUCCGGAACCUGAGAAGAAUAUCCCCAUUGCGAUCAUGGCCACCGUUGCCAUUGGCUUUGUCACCUCCUGGUUCUACUGUGUUGCCAUGUUUUUCAGCAUCAAGGACCUGGAUGCGCUCAUGAACUCUGCCACCGGAGUUCCCAUUCUGGAGCUCUACUACCAGGCCCUGGAGAACAGGGCUGGUGCCAUCGUUCUGGAGACUCUCCUCUUGGUGACUGGAAUGGGCUGCCUCAUUGCGUGCCACACUUGGCAGUCACGUCUCGCCUGGGCGUUUGCCCGGGACCGUGGUAUGCCUGGUCACCAGUGGCUGUCGAAGGUCAACCCGCAGUUGGACGUGCCGCUCGCCGCCCACGGCGCCAGCUCCUUCAUCGUCGCCGUUCUGGGAUUGCUUUACCUCGGAUCCUCCACCGCGUUCAACAGCAUGGUCACCGCGUGUAUCUCCCUGCUGUAUGUCUCAUACUCUGUUCCCGUCAUCUGUCUCCUCUACCGGGGCCGCGACAACGUCAAGCAUGGUCCCUUUUGGCUGGGUAAAUGGGGACUUGCUGCGAAUUAUGUCACCUUGGCAUGGACUCUGUUCUGCAUCGUCAUGUACUCGCUCCCUUCGACCAUGCCAGUGAACACCGGCAAUAUGAACUAUGUGUCGGCCGUAUAUGGAGUGGUUGUCUUCAUCAUCCUGUGUGACUGGUUCAUCCGGGGUCGGAAGUCAUUCAGAGGCAGCCUGAGUUGCGUGGAAGACGCUAGCGAUGGAGAAACUAGACUAGCCAACGCUUGCGGUCAUCAUUAGGGGAGUGAACUUGAGAGAGAGACUAG